AUCUGUUUAUGGUAAUAGUUUUAAAGGACACGCUGGAAAAAAGAGGUGCUCUGGGACAAAUAAAAGCGAGGAUCAGAGCUGAAGUUUUUAAUGCGCUGGAUGACCAAAGUGAACCGCGGCCACCGCUGUCUCAUGAAAAUCUCUUAAUCAACGAACUAAUUCGUGAAUAUCUGGAAUAUAACAAAUAUAAAUAUGCAGCAUCUGUUUUAACUGCAGAAUCUGGCCAGCCUGUAGUGCCCUUGGACAGACAGUUUCUUGCCAAAGAGCUGAACAUAGUUGAAGACGCAAGUGGAAAAUCAGUACCUCUCUUGUAUGGAAUUCUCUCUCAUUUCUUACAUGGUGGUAAAGAAGAAAGUACCCAGAAUACCCUUCCAAAAGUGUCCUUGCUGAAUUAUCCAAAGCAGAACCUUGGCAAACCACCUACUGAGAGAAAUCAAAAAGAUAGAAUUCCAGAACCAGGAAGGAUGGCUGGCACAAGCAUCGAAGAGCCCCUUAUUUUACAAAGUAUAAACAGAUGAUAUCUUUCAUAUGCUCAUUUCUCACGUAAAGUUCUGUGAGA